AUGACCCACCUGAAACCAAAUCAGAUUGGUAUCCUGCUGGAGAACGGCUACAACAGCCGUCAGAGACAGAGCAAAACAGCUCUGCAGUACCUAAGCUGGUUGGAGGCAAAGCUCGGCCGUCCGUUGAGACACAAACUCAACGGCGGAGAGAAAGAGGUGGAAGUCAAUGGGAGAAAGUUUCUCCUGGAUGCCUACGAUCCAGUGGAAAACAGAGCUUAUGAGAUUAAUGGAUGUAUCUUCCAUGGGUGCCCGGACUGCACCAAUCCCACGGCCAAAGCCCCGCUUGAGGGGAAACACACCAUGGAAGAGAUGUAUUAUAAGACCAAGGAGAGGCAGCGGCUCAUUGAAAGCACGGGGAUAGCCGUCGCCGCUGUCUGGGAGCACCAGAUCCGGAAUGAAAUCAGGAAUAGCCCCGAAGGACUGAUUAAAUGUGAUGUGUUGCCACCGGCCAAUCUGCGUUAUCCAGUAAUUGGCUUGAGAAUUAACAAUAAGUUAAUUUUCACCAAUUGUCGGUCUUGUGCCAAAAAAGCUGAGAACGUAGCUUGCUCACACGCUAGUGAGCCUGAAAAACGUAGUAUCCACACUACUGUCACACAUGUAGAGCUCGAAGUAGCAAUCGAGCGUAGAUACAAAGUUUUAAAGGUUUACGAACUGUGGGAUUGGUCCAAGUGGGAGAAAGGAGGCCUCUUUAAAGACUUUGUCAAGAGUUACAUCAAGAUAAAGCAAAAGGCCUCAGGCUGGCCGAAGGCCGACAUGUCGGCGGAAGAAAAGGCCACAUUUCUCAGCGAUCAUGAAAAACAUGUCGGAAUCAAGUUGGACUCCGAGAAUGUCCGCGAAAACCCAGCCAUAAGGAGUAUCGCCAAACUCCAGUUGAACAGUGUCUGGGGAAAGAUGGGUCAAAGACCAGAUAAAAUUGAAACCCAAAUUUUAUCAGUCAAUGAUCCUCUUCCUUAUGGAUAUUCAUUGUAA